AUGAAGCCGCACGCACUGCUCGCCCUCGUGCUGGGCCUGCUCGUCUCGCUCGCCGCUGCCUGGAGCAAAGAAGAUCACGAAAUCUUCCGUCUCCGCGACGAGGUCAUCGCCCACGAGGGCUCCAACGUGACCUUCUACGACCUGCUCAACCUCUCCCCCAGCGCCACCCAGGAACAGAUCAACAAGGCCUACCGCAAGAAGUCGCGCGAGAUCCACCCCGACAAGGCCCGCCAGGUCUUCAUCGCCAACUAUGGCAAGGCCCCCAAGGCGAAGGCUGGCGAGAAGAAGAAGCCCGGAGUUACUGUGCGCAAGGGCCAGCCGUCGAAGAAGGAGGUUGACGCCUUCAUGAAGGAGGCCACGCCGCGCUACCAGCGCCUCACCGUCGUCGUCGAGAUCCUCAAGGGCCCGUCGCGCGAGCGGUACGACCACUUUCUCCGCAACGGCUUCCCCAAGUGGCGGGGCACGGGAUACUACUAUGCUCGCUUCAGGCCCGGAUUGGGCUCCGUGCUGCUGGGCCUGUUCGUUGUGGGUGGCGGCGCCAUACAUUAUAUCUUUUUGGUCCAGAGCUGGACGCGACGCCGCGCAUUUGCCGAGAGCUACAUCAGACACGCGAGAAGGAUGGCGUGGGGAGAUGAUUCGGGCAUUGCGGGCAUUCCAGGGGCGAACGGGACCCCAGCCUCGCAGGGCUGGGAGACGCCCUCCAAUGGUGACGAGCCUCAAGAGAGUGUUGUGAUGAACAGACGUCAAAAGCGUAACCAAGAGAAGGAGUCACGGAAAGCCAAGAACGGCAAGGCCGCGAAGGGUGCAAAGUCCUCAGGCAUCAGCACCCCAGUCGAAGCAGUCCUGACCUCUGGCCCCGUCGGAGCAAAAAAGCGAGUAGUCGCGGAAAACGGCAAGGUGUUGAUUGUAGACUCAGUCGGAAACGUCUAUAUCGAGGAAAAGACCGGGGAGGGCAAGACUGUGGAGUAUCUACUCGACAUUGACGAAAUGCGCAAACCAACCUUCUACGACACCGGCCUCUGGAAACUCCCAAAGUUCUUCUACAUGCAAUCUGUUGGCAGAAUCCUCGGAAAGAAAGACAUCGACGACGCGCUCUUCGAUUCCGAAGACGAGAACGCAGAAGCGGCUACCCUCACGAGCGCAACGGCUCCCAACGCGUACGCUGAGGCCAGGAAGCGGAGG